UACAUGUACACGUCGUACGCCGUGUCCAGGUCAUUGAUAUAGCAGGGUUGCAACAGGCAUAUUGUACCCGGCAUAUAUCUGCUGAUUGCAAAGUCGGUGUGGCUAGCAUUCUGGCCACUGGUCAAGUUCAAAUAACUAGCUGAGUGUUAGUUAGCUCUUAAUCUCUCCUUGGGAAUGAGACAACGGGGACGGAGCCAUAACAAACGCAGUCGCUCCUUCAGCAGGACAAGGGAGGCAGUCCACUCUAUUUAGCCAACUUUUAUCUCGUGGUUGAAGACGAAAUAUCGAAAUGGCAGACGAAUCAAAAAUCUCCAGUUCUACUGAGAACGGCAGUGAUGACGGAGCGCGUAGCCUGAUGACAGACUUCUGGUGUGACCACUCUAAAGACGCUACUCUUGAGGAGAUGAUGUUGGACACCCAGGCUAGGGCGUUGUGUGUCGAGGAGCAGCCAGAGAUACUGUCUCUGCUGCCCUCUAUUGCUGGCAAGAGGGUACUGGAGCUCGGUGCUGGCAUCGGACGUUUUACCGGAGUACUGGCCGAGUCCGCGAAGCACGUGACAGCGGUAGACUUCAUGGCGACAUUCCUCGACAAAAAUCGGGAAGUCAACAGUCACCAUGACAACAUCGAGUUUUUUCAGGCUGACGUCACCAAGCUGGACUUCGAUCAAGGAAGCUUUGACGUGAUCUUCAGCAAUUGGCUGAUGAUGUAUUUGACCGACGAGGAGGUGAUACAACUUGCCAGCAAUACCCUGCGCUGGCUCACCGAUGGUGGAUACUUGUUCUUCAGAGAGUCCUGUUUUCAUCAGUCUGGUAAUAAGAAGCGAGAUUUCAACCCAACUGUGUACCGCAAGCCAGCCCAGUACAAUGCCAUCUUUCAAGGCACUGCCCUUCAGAUGGACUCGAUCCAAAACGGGGACAAGAUUGGCGCAGGAUUUGAUCUCAUCUUCAGCCGAAGUGUGCAGUCGUACAUCAAGCUCAAGAAAAACCAGAACCAGUUCUGCUGGCUGAUGCAGAAAGUGAAGCGCGACACGGACGCCAACCAUGGCUUUGAGACUUUUCAACAGUUCCUGGACAACCAACAAUACACCAGGCAGGGGAUUCUAAGAUAUGAGAAGAUCUUUGGUGAUGGGUAUAUCAGCACUGGGGGACCACAGACAACUGAGGAGUUUGUGGCCAUGCUUGAUCUGAAACCAGGCCAGAGGGUCUUGGAUGUUGGGGCCGGGAUCGGAGGAGGGGAUUUCUACAUGGCCAAGACGUAUGGUGUGGAGGUUGUUGGAAUGGAUUUAUCCAGCAACAUGAUUGAGAUUGCCAUGGAGAGAGCCAGUGAAUAUAGAGACUUGAAGGUACAGUUUGAGAUUGCUGACGUGACUAAACGUGACUAUGCGCCAGAAUCCUUUGAUGUGGUGUACAGCAGGGAUACUCUCCUACACAUUGAUGACAAGGGAGCGCUCUUCCACAAAUUCCUGACUUGGUUGAAGCCUGGAGGUCAGCUGCUCAUCUCUGACUACUGCUGCGGAGACUUGCCCCACACUGAUGCCUUCAAGAGCUACGUAGCUCAGCGAGGCUACACCUUGUAUACACCCAAGGCAUAUGGAAAGUUGUUGGAAACAGCGGGGUUCAUCAACGUGAAGGCGGAGGAUCGGAGCUGGCAGUUCAUGGAGGUAUUGGAGGAAGAGAAGGCCAAAGUGGAGCAGGAGAAAGAGGAGUUUGUCAAGCAAUUCAGCGAGGCUGACUUCCAGUAUCUCAUCGAUGGAUGGACCAACAAACUGACCAGGUCCAAGGCGGGAGACCAGAAGUGGGGGCUGUUCACAGCAGAGAAGGCUGGGACCUCACAACUCCAGGGAGGUCACUGUAAUGAAUGCUUGUAGGGCAACAAGGAAAGUAGACAGGAUUUUCACUGGCAGUGUCUUGAGGAUCUUGAUUAGGUCGAUCCACGAUAACAGUAUGUAUUAGCCCAUGUUACUCAGUCUAUAUUGUGAUAUUCUAAGAUUAGCCUGUGUUCUUCUGCUACACGCACAUGUAAUGGGG